ACUGAAAUUAAUUCAUGGCUGAUGCAAAUAUGGGUGCCGGUGGUGGUCAAUUCCCUGAUUUUCCUUCGGUUCUAACUCACGGUGGACAAUAUGUUCAGUAUGAUAUUUUUGGUAAUUUCUUUGAGAUCACUACCAAGUAUCGCCCUCCUAUUAUGCCUAUUGGUCGUGGUGCUUAUGGAAUCGUCUGCUCGGUGUUGAAUACGGAGCUGAAUGAGAUGGUUGCAGUUAAGAAAAUUGCGAAUGCGUUUGACAAUUACAUGGAUGCUAAGAGGACUCUCCGUGAGAUUAAGCUUCUUCGCCAUUUAGACCAUGAAAAUGUAAUUGGUUUAAGAGACGUGAUUCCUCCACCCUUACGAAGGGAGUUUUCUGAUGUUUACAUUGCUACUGAACUCAUGGACACUGAUCUUCACCAAAUAAUUAGAUCCAACCAAGGUUUAUCAGAGGAUCACUGCCAGUACUUCAUGUAUCAGCUCCUCCGUGGCCUAAAAUACAUACAUUCCGCAAAUGUUCUUCAUAGAGAUCUCAAACCGAGCAACCUUUUGCUAAAUGCAAAUUGUGAUCUUAAGAUAUGUGACUUUGGUCUGGCUAGGCCAAACAUAGAGAACGAGAAUAUGACGGAAUAUGUUGUAACCAGAUGGUACAGGGCACCAGAGCUUUUAUUGAACUCUUCGGAUUACACUGCUGCCAUAGAUGUUUGGUCUGUCGGUUGCAUCUUCAUGGAGCUUAUGAAUAGAAAACCUUUGUUUCCUGGAAAAGAUCAUGUACAUCAAAUACGCUUGCUAACUGAGCUUCUCGGCACCCCAACAGAAUCUGAUCUUGGCUUCCUACAAAAUGAAGACGCAAAGAGAUACAUCAGGCAACUCCCACAACAUCCUCGCCAGCAGUUAGCAAACGUUUUCCCUCAUGUGAAUCCAUUGGCCAUUGAUCUUGUAGAUAAAAUGUUAACACUCGAUCCUACUAGAAGAAUUACAGUUGAGGAAGCAUUAGCUCAUCCCUACCUUGCAAAGCUCCACGAUGCAGGUGAUGAACCAGUCUGCCCCGUUCCAUUCUCCUUCGACUUUGAGCAACAAGGAAUAGGAGAGGAACAAAUUAAGGACAUGAUAUAUCAGGAAGCUUUGGCACUGAAUCCUGAAUAUGCUUAAACAUAAGAGAAAUCAAUUCUUCUUCUCUUGUUUCCCCUUUGAUCUAGAGUAUCUACUUCCCUACUGUGGAUUUUCUUGCUUGGACCGAGCCACUCAAAGUUUUUGCUCACUGGUCAGUCCUUUUCGCAACUUGUAAUGUAAGGCAGCCUUCAAUGUGCAGCCAUCCAUAUAUCUUUUUUAGUGCGCACCUCAAUUAUUUCAUUGGAUAUUGCUACCUCCCACCAGUACAACCAUUUAUAUCUUCCACUCAUUCUUAUGAUUUGUAUCUUGUGUGUUGUAUUUAGCUUAUUGUAGUCUGUAUUCUUUUUGUUCACUGUAUCAUGUUGUAUUAUGUACAGCGGAUUGUAUUGAGAAGUAACUUUUAGUAGCAUGUAAAAAGGCUAUCAAGAAUCUAUAGUCAUUUUCCUAUGAAAAUGGGGUGUGUGUUCUCUGUAUUUACUAUUCGUUCAUGAACUUCUAUGCUAAUGGAAUGUGUAAUGAAGAGAUGUAUAAUAUCCCUUAUAAUCUCAGUUUUUGACA